CGUUCCUGCCUGCUACAAUAACUAAACAUCAUCAUCAGCAACAAAAACUUAAAUGAGAGGGGUAACCGUCUCAACAGCGGUAUUUCUGCUUUCUUCCACAGCCACAUGAAUGUUAAGAAGCAGAGCAUGGAUAAUCAAUCAUCUUUCUCAGAAUUUCUCCUCCUAGAAUUCUCAGAAGUUCGGGAACUGCAAAUUCUACAUUCCAUUAUAUUCCUGGUAUUGUACUUGGCAACUGUCACAGGGAAUCUUCUCAUCAUCUCUGCAGUAGCCUUUGACCACCACCUGCACACCCCCAUGUACUUCUUCCUGAUGAACUUGGCCAUGCAGGACCUGGGACAAGUUUCAGUCAUUAAUCCUAAAUCCAUGCUCAAUUCCCUCAUGAAUACCAGGUACAUUUCCUACUCUGGGUGUGUUGCACAAGUACUACUGUUUAUGUCAUUUAUGGCAUCUGAUUUCUUUCUUCUCACAGUCAUGGCGUAUGAUCGGUAUGUUGCCAUUUGCAAACCAUUGCAGUAUGGGAUGCUGAUGAAUAGGCAAGCCUAUAUUCAAAUGAUUAGCAGUGUAUGGAUCAGCAGCUUUUUCUAUGGAGUGUUACACACUGGAGGUACCUUUGCAUCCCCCUUUUGUUCCAAUGAAGUCAAUCAAUUUUUUUGUGAAAUCCCGCAGUUACUUAAGCUGGCCUGCACUGAUUUGUAUCUAAUGGAAAUAGGAGUUCUUGUGUUAAGCGGUGUCAUUGGAGUUGGCUGUUUUAUCUUCAUCAUCAUAACCUAUGUGUACAUUUUCACUGCGGUGCUGAAAAUCCCCUCAACUGAAGGAAGGCGAAAGGCUUUCUCAACCUGCCUUCCCCAUCUCAUAGUUUAUGCCCUAUUUGUAUUUACUGGAUACUUUGCGUACUUCAAGCCUACCUCUAAUACCUCACCAUAUCUAGAUUUGGCAUUUACAGUGAUGUAUUCCAUGGUUCCACCCUUGAUGAAUCCAGUAAUUUAUAGCAUGAGAAAUAAGGAGAUUAAAAACGCUCUAUCAAAGCUACUGCGUUUGCCUCACUCCUCUAUGAAAAACUUUUCCAGUCUUAUUUUGUGAAGGAUAAUAUCUGUAUAGAGUAUAACACUAAUUAUAGAAAACCUGAAAUUCUAUGAGGAAACUUUGAAGCAGCUAAAUAGAUUUAGCUUUGUUUUCUCAAUUGAUCUAGAAGGGGUACAUUGCUUAUAUUGCAAAUUGUGAAAAUUGGUGUAGUGGUUAAAAUAUCCGUCUUUGCCCUGCAGCCUUCUGCAUGCUUUUUUUUUAAUGAUCUUUAUUGGUUUUACAGAUUUUACAAAUUUCACCAUCAAAAUACAUAAUACAUACCUUAUUCCUUUUAACCUUAAUACUUUAACUCUAAACAAGUUUGUAUUUCCCUCCUUCCUUCUUCUGGUUUCUCUAUAUUUUCUGUAUAUUUACGCAUUUGUCAU